GCUGUCCUCCCGAGAGCUUUGUUGGCUGAACAACAACAUCAGCACAUCUGCUCUCCCGGCGACAUGAGGCCCCUGCUGCGGGGUCCGGCGAUGAACGAGGAGGAGGAGAACUCGGACAGCACCCCGCUCCUGCCGAGCGCCCGGCAAACCGAAGCGGCUCCAGUAUGCUGCUCUGCUCGGUACAACUUAGCGAUUUUGGCUUUCUUUGGUUUUUUCGUUCUUUAUUCCCUACGUGUGAACCUGAGUGUUGCAUUGGUGGACAUGGUAGAGUCAAAUACAACCCUGACCGAUAAUAGAACUUCCAAGGAGUGUGCAGAACAUUCCGCCCCCAUAAAAGUUCACCACAAUCACACGGGUAAAAAGUACCCGUGGGACGCAGAAACUCAAGGGUGGAUUCUAGGCUCUUUUUUUUACGGCUACAUCAUCACACAGAUUCCCGGGGGGUACAUGGCCAGCAGAAUCGGAGGCAAACUGCUGCUGGGCUUCGGCAUCCUGGGCACUGCUGUCUUCACCCUGUUCACACCCAUGGCCGCAGACUUGGGAGUGGUGACCCUUAUCGUGCUGAGAGCUCUCGAAGGGCUAGGAGAGGGUGUUACGUUUCCAGCCAUGCAUGCCAUGUGGUCUUCCUGGGCGCCCCCUCUUGAAAGAAGCAAGCUGCUUACCAUUUCCUACGCAGGAGCACAGCUCGGGACAGUAAUCUCACUUCCUCUCUCUGGAAUAAUUUGCUACUAUAUGAAUUGGACUUACGUCUUCUACCUUUUUGGUGUAAUUGGAAUCGUAUGGUUUAUUUUGUGGAUGUGGUUAGUUAGUGAUACGCCAGAAACUCACAAGACAAUCUCCCAUUAUGAAAAAGAAUACAUUGUGUCAUCAUUAAAAAACCAGCUUUCUUCCCAGAAGGCGGUGCCAUGGGCGUCCAUCUUGAAGUCACUGCCACUUUGGGCCAUUGUCGUAGCGCAUUUUUCUUACAACUGGACCUUCUAUACUUUACUGACAUUGCUGCCUACGUAUAUGAAAGAAAUCCUAAGGUUCAAUGUUCAAGAGAAUGGAAUCUUAUCCGCGUUGCCUUAUUUUGGCUGUUGGCUCUGCAUGAUUCCCUGUGGCCAAGCCGCUGAUUAUUUAAGGGUCAAAUGGAAUUUUUCAACUAUAAGUGUUCGGAGAAUUUUUACCCUUGUGGGAAUGGUUGGCCCUGCAGUUUUCCUGGUCGCCGCUGGAUUUAUAGGCUGUGACUAUUCUUUGGCUGUUGCGUUCCUCACCAUAUCCACGACACUAGGAGGCUUUGCCUCUUCGGGAUUUAGUAUCAACCAUCUGGAUAUAGCUCCUUCGUAUGCCGGCAUCCUCCUGGGCAUCACAAACACAUUUGCCACUAUCCCCGGAAUGAUUGGGCCCAUCAUUGCUAAAAGCCUGACCCCUGAUAACACCAUUAGGGAAUGGCAGACUGUUUUCUGUAUCGCUGCUGCUAUUAAUGUGUUUGGUGCCAUUUUCUUCAUACUGUUUGCCAAAGGAGAGGUGCAGAACUGGGCUCUCAGUGACCACCACGGACACAAAAGCUGAAGACAAUGACAAAUAAUAAUUAAUGUAUUUUAAUUUAUCAUGUAAACUGAAAGUGCCUUUGGUAUUUUAAUAUGUAAGCAUUCUAUGUGAGGAAAAUAGUACUGGUAUUUUUAAGGUAAUCAUGAAAUGUUACUAGUUGUGAGAUUAUUUAAUUAUUUAAUGAACUGUUUUUAAUUAUUAAUAAUAUAUCUGCCAGACCUUAUACUGGGUUUGCAUACCAAGCUGCGAGUUAGGCAGCAUGAUAUAAGGGAGGGCUUAACACAGUGGUUCUCGGCUGGGCAGUGGUGGCACACGCCUCUAGUCCCAGCACUCAGGAGGCAAAGGCAGGCAGAUCUCAGUGAGUUCGAGACCAGCCUGGUCUAUAAAGUGAGUUCCAGGACAGCCAGGACUGUCCCACAGAGAAACCCUGUCUCAAAAAAAAAAAGAAGAAGAAGAAGAAGAAGAAGAAGAAAACAAACAAAAGAAAGACAGUGGGGCCGGGCGGUGGUGGCGCACGCCUUUAAUCCCAGCACUCGGGAGGCAGAGGCAGGCGGAUCUCUGUGAGUUCGAGGCCAGCCUGGUCUACAAAGGGAGUUCCAGGCAGGAACUGCAGAGAAACCCUGUCUCGAAAAACCAAAAAAAAAAAAAAAAAAAAGAAAGACAGUGGUUCUUAACCUGUGGCUUCUGACCUUUUUUUGGGUCAAAUGACCCUUUCACAGGGGUCACUUAAGGCUAUCAGAAAACACUAAUAUUUACAUUAUGAUUCAUAACAGUAGGAAAAUUAGUUACGAACUCACAGCAUAUCAGUUUUAUGGUUGGGGUCACCACAUCAUGAGGAACUGUUAUUUUUUGUCUGUUUUUGUUUUUUUCAAGACAGGGUUCUCUGAGUACCUUUGGAGGCUGUCCUGGAACUCGUUCUAUAGCCCAGGUUGGCCUCAGACUCACAAAGCUCCGACUGCCUCGGCCUCUCUAGUGCUGGGAUCAAAGGCAUGUACCACCAUCGCCUGGCAAUGAACUGUAUUAAAGAGCCACGGCCACAUUAGGAAGGUUGAGAACCACUGGUUUAAGAAGCGAAGCUGAAAUGGACCCUCCCCCAUUAGUACACUUGUUUACUUAAAUUAGAUAAAUCAUCUCAGAUUGUGUUAAAUACCUGUUUUUUGUCUACUUCCCUCAUAAAAAUUGUUGCCAACUCUCCCAAAUACAUAGGUCUCAGUAACCUCUCCAUAAAGCCACCAGCCACUGUCAGACUUGCCUGGCAGCUGGACUGAGGGAUCCAUGCCCAGGCAGCUGCCAAGCAUUCCCUCCCUGGCUUCAGGGCUGGAGUGCCCAGCAGUUAUCAGAGGUGGCUUCCAAGUGCAGGGCCAAUGCCAAGUGUUUAGCUGACACUCUUUCCCUGUGGCUGUUAACGUGUAGAUAAAGCCCUGAGUGGACCAGAGGAGUGGAUUCACAGCUACUGUCUUGAUAGUGCCAGCCUGCCCUUGGCAGCACCCAGGCCUCAUGACUGGCAGUUGACCCACAGAGCAAACGUGCAGCUCUCAGACAGCCGCAGAUAACAGCAUCCUUGAUUAAAAUGACUUGCACACAAAUUAGAGUAUGGAUUUUUACAUUCAGUUUUUCUGGCUACAUCAGAUUUUUAAUGUCCUAAAUCUUUCUUCAGUCUGUCUUGAUUUAUGCUCCUGGUUACAGCUUAAAGUGACUUUCAGGACCAAGGGUUUGAUUCAGUGGUAGAGCGUCUACCUAGGACUAUGUUCCAUCCAGCCGCCAAAUAGAGCUAAAGGGACAACACAAGCUGGUGAAUCCCCUUUCCCGUGCUUGCUGAAGCCAGCUUCCGGCACUUCUGCUGCCCGGGGUCUGCUGGUUGUUGGACAUACUGUAAGAAGUACCUAAGCAUCCAAAGCCUGCCUUAUGUUCUCUUGUGUCUUGGUUAAUGUAACACCGUGUAAAUACAUUUAUAUAAAUUUAUUUUUAAAUUUGUAAAUAUAGGUUGAGUUGCCAUGUGAUGUUUCUUUUAUAAAUCAUCAAAAUAAAUCAUUUU